UUAUUAAAGAUUAUUUAAGAUACAUAUUAAUUCAAUUACAUUGCAAUAUAAAUAUUACAUUCCUUCCUAUAUGACAUUCUAAAUAAUUAGAUAAUUUAGGUUUAAAGUAUUAACAUUACUGUAAAAUGUAAUAUGAUUAUUUGACGCAUUCACAAAGAUAUUGUAGCUGAUGUUAUCAGAUACUGACCAAAAUUAAAUACGAAAUCGAAAUAACAUUGAUAGUUCUCAUAUCAUGCAUUGCACAAUCUAAAUUUUUAUAGAAAUUCUGUAGAAACAAUUCGGUAGAAACAUUAUUAUCUAAAAUAUAGAAAAUUAUUUGUUGGCAGGUGUUAAAGGCCCGUACUUUUAAACCUUUAUUUUAAAAAAAGAACAUAAGAUUGAGCAUGUGUAUAUUAUAUAAAAUACUCCUUUUAUCGUCCCAUAACACACCUUGCUUAAUUGACCUUAUAAUUCGUUACAUAUUGAACGCAAACCUAAUCUAACCCAUGUCUACAUAUAUAUAACUGUGGUUUUUUAUGUAUAUCUAAAAACCACGAUAAAGAAUAAUACAGUUUAACGUAUAAUUAACCACGGUUACUAUUAUUACGUAAUAAUCAAAUUAUUGAUUCAAAGAUUAAUUUUAAAUCAGGAGGCAAAAUCUUUCAAACGCACGCAAUGUUUAAAAACGUUGAAGUUGAACAAAUUCGAUUAUGAUAACAGUUUUUGCUACCUGUAAAUAUAUAUUAUUAUGAAUUUUGAAAAAAUAUUUCAUACAGAUAUCUUAUACAUGUUUAUACGUUUAUAUAAUCCGUACAUUUUUAUAUCCUUUUUAUCACAAAUACGUAAAAAUCUACAAUUUAACGAUGAACUACUAGAUUUAUGACAAAUUCCUUUUUAAACGACAAGAUUUUAAGCGAAUAUUAUUUUGAUACCUUUUAACAUUGAAUUUUAACAAAUUACCACACGUGGACUUUCUUGAGGAAUCUAUUCUCUGAAUUUCACAUUUAACACAACUUUAGUGGAUUUAGAGAUUCGCCCAUCCUUUGAAAAAUCGAUUUGCCCCUUUUUCAUCCCUUUAGGAGUUGAAUUUCGAAAGACCACGAGACACGAGCGUGUUCAUUUUUAACGAGCAGUUCAUUUGCCGAGCCUCAAAUUUCCAGCUUUAGCGAAUAUAGGGUUACGGUUACCCUUUAAGAAAACAACUUACUCCCCUUUUCACCCCUAACGUGGUUGAAUUUUGAAAUAUGCUCAAAUACGUUUAUUUAUUUUUAAUGAGGAGCUCGAAAUGUUGAAUUUCGCGUCUGCAAUAUUAGCAAUUCGUGAAAUAUGAGUGUCCUUUAAAAAAAAAUUUGACCUCCUUUCUACCCCUUCAGGGUUUGUAUCUCCAAAAAUUCGACCUUAUCGCAACGUCUAAAAAGAAGUAUACUAUCCAAAUUUCACGUUUCCACGCACAACGGUGUGGGCUUGGCGUUGAUGAAUCGGUCAGUUAGCUUUGUUUUUUAUAUUCAGCUAUAGAUUCCAAAUAAUUUAUUUUUAUAUACACACCGAUUUCUCAGAAUUGGCAACAAAUGUUGUAGUGAUCUGUUUCACACAAGAACCGUUCCCCGUAUCCCUAAAACUUCAUUCGCAGGUCAAAAGCCAGACAAGAAACGGAAAUGUUGCCCCUUUCUCUAGUUUGAAUGCCAUUGCCAGCAUUCAGCGGAGACUUUGUCCGUCAAGGAUAUUGAACUUCGACAAUCCGAACGGUUCGAGUACCCUCAUUUAUACUAUGAACUGAAAACUUCUAAGAGGUCCUCGAUAGCUCCAUAAUCGCUAAUGCAAGGACAGGAUUUUAUUCCGUGCUUGCAUUGCAUUGACGUGUUCCAAUUUUUUUCUCGUAUAUUCUUAUGCUGAUUUCGCGUUCAUUUCUUGAUAAUGUCAGCUUCCAUCGUUCCAACUCGAAUAGCUUACUAGACGAACUCUGUUAUAACGAUCGUAUGGAAUCUAGAUAUCUGUAGACACGUUUUAUGAAUAUAUUGUAUAUGCUGUGCGAAACAUUUUGAGAUUUCAUUAGCAUUAUUAGGGGACUCGACUAAUUAAUCAUUGUAACGUAAAAAUAUUUCAGUCUUCGCUUCUUAUUUGGUUUUGCCUAAAGAAUUACUUAAUUAUUGAUUAAACAGAAAUUCUGUAUAUAAUUAUAAUAUUAUACACAUAUAAUUAUUUAACAACAAAUUUAUGAAGGAUUCUUUCUAAUUUGACUUUUGCCGAAGAUAUUUCUAAAAUCAUAAAUAAAGUAACACAGACAUCAUGUUUAGUGUCUCUGUGGAAUUCAUGUCAAUGCUAUCGGGAAUAUAAACGUGCUCGGAAUAAUACAGAUAAUUAGAAUGGAUAGAAGACAAAAAAUACUUACUACGUGCAAAUAUACGAAUGGUGUAUAUAUGAAAUAUACGUUUCUUCAAGUAAAACUUUAAUCGCAUUAUACAUAUACUUAUACGAAAUUUUUUCCAUAUUAAUUAAUUUCAUUAUCUUAGAUUUAUAGAAAUGAUUAAUUUUAGAAUUCUAAAAUACUUAAAGUAAAAUAAAUUGUAGUGUCUUAUUACGUUCUAAAUCUUAAUAUUAUUAAACGACAUAGCACGCUCGAUGCAAACUAUAAUAUAGCGAUUAAGAUAAAACUUAUUUUAUUAGGUCUAGAACGAUGACAAUGCAAAACACAUAUUGAAUAUGCAUGGCGGUUGUGUGCACUGUCGGUCUUUCUAUCGUAUGCAAAAACGAGAGUUCUCGUAUCGAAUGUUUAAAAUGCCAAUACUUCAUAUACCGUUCAAUAGCUUUGUAAAGUAAUCGUGUUAGUAGCGAACUAAAAUGAAAAUCCAUUUUCUACACAAGAAUUUAUUACCUAUGAAUAUUUUCGUUAAUAUCGUAUAAAUUAAUUUUCAAACAAAGAAUAUUCAUAAAAUUAUAUCAUUUAAGUCGUUUCGUCGCUAAAUAAUGCGUCAAUAGAAUAUAUGCGCAAUAGUAGAAUGUUAUUCGUUCAUCGUUAAGAGUACAAAUGUUAAGUGUACGAUUAUAGAAAAGAAAUACAAUACUUCGCAAAGAAUUAAAUUUUUUCUUUUUGUCUAUAAUUGCAUAGUUAAUAUUUCUAACAUUAACGUAACAUACGUACAACAAAAUGAUGAUUUUAACAGGGAUAUUUUAACAACGAAAUGAAUGAAAUAACAUAAUUUCGCGAAAAUGUUUAGUGCUAAAAUACGAGUCGCGGAGUAUUGAAACCUUAAAGGAAAGCAGAGGGAAAUACCAAAAAUGGUAGAGAAUCUUCUUACCAACCCAAGCGUGGAAGUAAAAUGGCAAGUAGGGUAGGAAUCACUGUGAAGGGUGGGUCACGGAUGGCGCCACAGUAAAAGCAACCAACCACCCCCGCUGCAACUCUAGGCAAAGCGAGGUGCGGCGUGGCGAGAGCUGCAAAUUCACCCCCGUAAAGCGAUCCGCCACCAAGGGGUUUGGAAAGUCGCCAUUUCUGUCUAACUCCGCAGUCGCUAUAUUCACGUUUUAAUACCAAUGAAAUGUCAAGGCACGUUGCGCGUUAUAGACUCGCCGACGUUGUCGAGCUGUUCGGUGACUUCGUAAGCGUCACGUUGUUGCGGGUCCUCGGGACCUCGUUGGUCGCGCUUCUACUCGGGCUUCUGUUUGUACUCGUGCUCGUGCUCGUAAUCGUGCUCGUGUACGUGCUCGUGUACGUGCCUCUGCUCACGGUCGUGUUCAUGAUUGCGUUUGUGAAGUUCCUCGUCUUCGUAUCCGUGCCCGUGCCCGUGCUUCUUCAACUCGUGCUCGUGCUCGUGCCCGUGCUUGCUACUUCAGGAAUUUCGAGUCGAUCUACUCGAGCAAUUAACUCUGCCGAUUAAGCUUUGAACUAGACGCACGACAAACGAUUAAGAAAGAAAAAGGAAAAGAAAAACGGAACGAGAACAAGGAAAGAAGGUUGAGCCUAAAGUAACCGCAAGCCCCCAGUGAACCAGUAGGUAAAUCUGCCAGUCUUCCUCGGUGAUUCCUUGACCUUGACACUCGAACCGACGGUGUAUCAACGAAAGUAACUACUAGGCGAAGCAGGCAAGCUACGAGUACGACCGCCCGAAUUCUGGCUGAACAGAGAGAGCCCUUGAUCAAAAUCUUAUAUGCUACGAACGACGGUCAGGUAAAAGAAAUCGUUCGUCGGAGACCGCCGCCAAAUCGGUUCACGAUGAGCGAACAAGAUGUGGAUGACGUUGCCUUUCUGACAGGAGACAGUAACACAGGAUUGCACAAACGUAGUAUUUAUGAGCACAAUGGAAUUGUGUGUUCUCAAAAAAGGGCUCUCUGCGUAGCUACCGUUGUUUUUGCGAUCCUUUUCUCCAUAUCACUCAUCAUUGCCUUCGCGGGACCACAAAAUGACUGCCCUUGUGCUGGAGAGAAGCCACCCAAUCUGGAAAUCGAAGACGAUGAAAAAAGUAGCGAGCCUCUUGCAACUAAUGGAGAGGUGUUUCCUUGGAAUAACGUGAGGCUACCUACGUUUGUGCAUCCUACUAGGUACAAUAUCACUAUCCAUCCAAAUCUUACCACCUUAGAUGUAAAAGGACAGGUCACAAUCGAAUUCUAUGUCGAUAAAGAGACCAACUAUAUCGUCUUCCAUAGUAAAAAUUUGACAAUAAAUGAGAAAAUGAUUCAGGACCGUAAAGGCCACAGAUUAAAAAUUGCAAAGUUACUGGAAUAUCCGAAACAUCAACAGUUGUAUUUAGAACUGGAAGAGAGUAAAUUUCGGAAGAGAGGGAAUUACACAGUACACUUGAGGUUUAUCUCGAAACUGACGAGUGAACUCGAAGGAUUUUAUCUUAGCAGCUAUGUCACCCCAGAAGGAGAAAAGAGGUACCUCGCCACGACUCAUUUCGAACCUACGUAUGCACGCUCGGCAUUCCCAUGCUUUGACGAGCCACAAUUUAAGGCCAAAUUUAAGGUUUCGAUAUUUAGGGACAGAUUUCAUAUCGCGCUAUGCAAUAUGCCUGUGAUAAACACCGAGGAUGCUGGAUUUUACAUGGGCACCGGACUGCUUCGCGAUGAUUUUCAAGAAUCUGUAGAAAUGUCGACGUACCUGGUAGCUUUCGUGGUUUGUGACUUCAAACGAGUCUCCGAAUUGACUAAAAGGAAUAUUUCCGUGAGUGUUUAUGCAGCAGAGACGAUGCUUCCACAGGCAAAAUAUGCGGUAACUACAGCUGCUCGUACAAUGGAUUACUUUGAAUCUUUUUUCGGAGUACAUUAUCCAUUGCCUAAACAAGACUUAAUAGCUAUUCCUGACUUUGCCGCUGGUGCAAUGGAAAACUGGGGCCUAAUCACGUACCGAGAAACAUCAAUACUUUAUGAUCCACAAGAGACAUCAACCAAUGCUCACGAGUGGGUCGCUAUAGUUGUCGCUCAUGAAUUAGCUCAUCAAUGGUUUGGUAAUCUCGUCACUAUGAAAUGGUGGAACGAUUUAUGGUUAAACGAAGGAGCGGCCAGUUUCUUCGAAUACAAAGGAGUGAAUCAUAUCUCACCUGAGUGGAGCAUGAUGGAUCAGUUUAUUUUAGACAAAACUCAACCAGCACUUGAUCUCGAUGCUUUGGCAAGCAGCCAUCCCAUAAGCGUGCCGGUUAAAGAUCCAAAUGAAAUCGAAGCUAUAUUCGAUGAUAUCAGUUAUAGUAAGGGCGCCUCCAUACUCAAUAUGCUUGAGGGGUUUCUGUGCGAGGAUGUUCUGAAAAGUGGAUUGAACGACUAUCUGAAUUCGCACGCGUAUGGAAAUGCGGACACGAACGACCUCUGGGCGGUCUUUACAAAACAUACAAAUAAUACUUUUGACGUAAAAGCUAUUAUGGAUACAUGGACCCAACAAAUGGGUUUUCCUCUGAUUACGAUCACACGUAAUGGGAAUACCAUCACAGCAACUCAGAAGAGAUUUCUAAUUUCGCCAAAAGAAAAUGAUACAGAACUGCAAGAAUCAAAAUCGCCCUUUGACUACAAGUGGUAUGUCCCGUUGAGCUACUACACAGACAAAGAACCGCGCAAGCUUCACAACAUAUGGAUGAAUUUAACCGAUGUAACGUUCGAAAUACCUGCCGACGUGGAAUACAUAAAAUGCAAUGUGAAUCAAAGUGGAUUUUACCGUGUAUCUUACCCGGAAGAGAUGUGGUCAUCAAUCAUCACUACAUUAUUGAAUAAUCACACCAAGUUUAGUCCAGCGGACCGUGCUAAUCUUAUUGACGAUGCGUUUACGCUUUCCGAAACAGGCGAGUUGAACGCUACCGUACCUCUUGAAUUAUCUCUUUAUCUUUUGAAUGAGAGAGAUUAUGUGCCAUGGACUACUGCACUGGGAUAUUUACAUUCUUGGAAAGAUAGAUUAAGCGAAAGUCCCGGAUAUAAAAGAUAUAUCACAUUCUUGAAGCUUUUGUUAACUCCAGUUAUCAAAUACGUCGGUUGGGCAGACGAGGGAUCGCAUUUGAAAAAGUUAUUAAGAAUUGCAGUGCUUCAAUCAGCUGUAUCAGUAAAAUUGGACGAUGUUGUAAAACCAGCAAAAAACCUUUUCGAAGACUGGAUGUUAAAAGGCAAACGAAUUGCCCCAAAUAUACGAGACGUCGUAUACGUUGCAGGAAUCAAAUUUGGUGGUGAGAAAGAGUGGAAUCAUUGUUGGAAAAAUUAUCAAGAAACUCAGGUACCAAGCGAGAAACGAAUAAUGUUGCAAGCGUUAGGAGCGACGACAGAUUCUUGGUUGCUACAACGUUACCUUUUACGAUCGUUAGAUCGAGAUAUGGUGAGAUCACAAGACGUUGAAACUGUUAUAGCCUCUGUCGCUACCAAUCCCGAGGGUCAAUUCCUUGCAUGGCGUCAUCUCAAAGCUUACUGGCCUCAGAUACAUGUUUUAUUCGGAAAUGGAUCGCUGACCAUGGGUAGUCUUAUAUCUGUUGUAAUUUCUGACUUUUUCACGGAAUACGACUACCACGAGGUUUCGGAAUUCUUUAAGGAAGUGGAUGUCGGAAGUGGUCGGGGAGCAUUAGAACAAAGCCUAGAAACAAUCAAGUUCAAUAUACAUUGGGUAAAACAGAAUGCAGAUGUCGUUGAUCGAUGGCUCAUAAAUUAUUUGGACAGUCACACAAGUUAACCCUUUGUUUAUCGGGAAUGGGACACGAAUGACGCGAAAUUAUCAUCCAUACAUUUCGUAACAAUACUUACGUUUUUCAUGGUGCUCAUCGAUACAUGAUAUCUUCGUGUGACACGAUAUAGUCUAAGAAAAAAGUAAGACGUUUGUUACUAUCCAAAAGGUAACCGUUUAUUUACCACUUAGUUAGGUAUAUACAUAAUAAUUCGCAGAUCAAAAAUGACCCAUUUCCGUCGUACCCAUCAAAAGAUUCUUCUCAUCGGUUAAAAAUCAAUGAUCCUUCAACGGACGAAGGAUCGACCGAUACUUUGUCGAGUUGCGAGGCCUCUUGCACAAUAAUUUACCAACUAAUAAUAUUAGUCAUUUGACAAUUUACAUUCUAGACUCUACAUUCUAAAUUAUUCCACAAUUUUACAAUUUAUUCGUCAAAUAGGAAAUGAUUUGUAAAAUUCACUCUUAACAUUUCAUUUCUUUUAUUAUCAAAUUUCUUAAUAUGAUACAAGAGAGUUUAUUAAUGAUAUUACACAAUGGUUUGUACUUUGUAACUUGUAAAGUUGCACUAAUAUCAGUUCAAUCGUGUAGGAGUGCCAAGAAGUAUUAAACUCAUACCAAAGUUCGUACUAUCUGAUUUUUGUCCGUUGGAAGAAAUCUUUCGAUGAAUCGAAACAAAGCCGAAUUGUUUAUAUGUAACACAUUAUACACCGAUUUAUACGCACUUUCGAAAGUAUUUAUUUAUUAUACACGCAGUGCGUGCAGAUUGGAUUUAUUAUAUAUAAAUAGAGAGAGAGCGAGAGAGAGAGAGAGAGAGAGAGAUUAUAGCGAGGAGAGAACAACGUUGUUCCUAGGGUAGUCGCUAACCCAUCGAAUUUUUCCGGGAAGAAGAAAAGGGCUAACGACGUACGCCUAUUAACGUUGACACUUUAGUCUCCCAAAUAAUACUAUACUUUAUUACAAGGAGUGACAGUUAGUUAUCUCCACGUGAUGCCCAAGCCCCAUUCCUGAUCCAUCCAGUACAGUAAUUCAACGGAAUGCUGAAGAUUUGACGAGAAACGCUACUUAACAUAUUUCACGAGUCAGCCCUAAGCUCUAUAUUAAAAGAAAGAGUAGCUAUAAAUACGAUCAGUAAUACAGAAUAAUAUUUUGGCCUGUGCUAGAGUACGUAAGAUUUUUAUUCCGUUUAACGUUUAUUGUAUAUAUACAAGUAUAAAGUUACAAGAUAUUUACAUGAUUAUUUUAUUGAUACAAAAUUUUUGUAGCGGUAAAUGUCAAUUGUACAGUCAGUAAAAAAAGAAAAAAUUAACGAAUUACAUUAUAAUAUGUAAUAUAAUCGAUGACGAUCAUUAGAAAUCCAUUUUUCGAUGAAACUCAGCUGCUCUUAUAAAGGAUAGUGUGAUUCGCUGUAAAUACAUAAAAAAGAAAAUCAAGGAACGACGUUAAAUUGGGUUAGUACUAAUCAAGUAAUUACGGAAAAUGCCCGAAACGAUUGUUAUGAACAGUCAGUUAAUAUAAGUAGCAUAUCAAUAUUGGAGAAGUGUUCGACAGAUUAAUUCGGCCAAAUCUUUCGUCAAAACAGAAUUCUAGUUUCGUGGGAACGGCGAUCCGACAGAGAAGAUUUGGCCUCGAGAGAAAGAACAUAUUACGAGGAUUGUAUCGUCCCUCGGAAAUAAUCGCGAAAAAUUGAUGUACCGUGUGUGUCGUGUAUUUAUUAUUACCGCAGAACACUGGAUGCGCGGGAUAUGUCUCGCGUGGAGCUGAUCAUUCUCCAUGUGAAGUAGCAUAAUAGAGAAUCGGAUAUUUUAUUAUGAAAAAGUAUAUAAAUUUAUGUAUGUAAUCUUGUGAUGCUUUGUAUGGUAUGUACAUAUUAGCGUAAGAGAAUUGUGUGCUCUGUGUGAUCGGAUAUAUUUAAAAGAAAAGGUAUCUAGAUGCAUACAAAAUAUGUUAAUGCCAAAGUUAACUGCUGGCCUUUACAAAAAAAAAAAAAAAGAAGAAGAAGAAAAAGAAAUAUUCGUGUGAUUUUGGUAUGAUUCGUAAUCUUGAAAUGCUAAUGAGAUUGAAUUGAAAUUAACCACUGUUAAACGUUAGGUAUACAUUCGUCGUGUACUUACAUCACUUCCUACGUUCUUCUAAUUCUCUAUCGACAAUAAACAUAAAAUAUAAAACAAUAUAUAACAGGGAAAUAUUUAAAACAGAAAGAACGAUUUCGUUUACCACUAUUUCUAAUAAAUGAAAAAUCGAUUUAGCAUUUGAAGGUUAAAACACCAAAAUCUAGAUAACUGUACAGAACGCGAUGAAAAAAAAAUCAGAAAGUACCGAGGAUAUUUCGGUGCGGUGGUGUUAUAUGUAUAAUAUGUAUAGUACAGAAAGAACUAAGUUCAACGCAAAACAAAUUUUUAGCCCAAUCAGAAAAGAACUCGAGACACUCUGUAUACGUUUGGAUUUUACUCCACGAGAGCUAUUUUCUAUGCGUCUCUUAUCUUCCACUGCCCGUAUCCAAUGGUCGACCAGAUCUCACGAAUAUUCAAUUUUACGUGUUCUCAUCACUCUCGUUAAACAAUCAAAGCACUCGUUAUCUAACAAAGAGACAUUCACAAUAUAAUUAGUUAUUUCACUAUAAUUAGUUAGAGCACAUAGGACACGAUUGAUCUCUCUAUCCUUAAUCUAUCAAUAAAAAAAAAACUGCCGACGAUGCUUGCAAUUCGAAUCCCCCCGCGAACAAGAGAAAAGAAAGGAAUAGCAUUUUUUUCGAGGUUCAUGCCAUUUUUUACAUAUUUUCAAUCAGAGUACAAUUACUUGGAAUCCCGACGAGUAACGUUUCUUGGUAUAAAAUAUCGUCGACUUUUAUCGAAUUAGGAUUUUCUGGCCGGAACUGUACACGCAUGUUUACAUUUAGAAAAACGAUUUAUGAAAAAAAAGAUUUAUGAAAAUAAACGACUGCAUGGAUCGUUCAUCCCUUUAAGUAGAUUUUGAUACACUCCAACGGCGAAUUAAUGAAUCGACGCACAACUAGAUACCUUACAUGUAAAUAGCAUAUUUUUUCACUAACGGAUAUUCUCUCUUGUUAAAGAUUUAAACGGACGAAGUCGCUCCACGAUAUUUGCGAAAGCGUUCGGUUCGCCGGUUCGCCGGUUCGCCAUUUUCAGUACGAAGGGAGCACGAACCGAUUGGCCUACUUUACAACAUUCGUAUUAUAGCCGAAAGUACUUGUUUAAGAAGUAAUACGCAGUUCUCUCGCUUUCGUUUAAGAGCGAAAAUCGCACAGAUCGUCAUGUUCCUUUACAAAAAAUAUAGAUUUACGUCUAAUCGUAAGUGUAACUGUCAUGAAAGUCACGCACGAUUAUUAUUAUUUUAUCGAUUACUUUCUUCUUUUUAUCACUAAUUACAAAGGUCUAACAGUAUUAGAAAAAAAACCAUUCUUUACCGUGGUGUUAAGGAUUAUAUCGAAUAAUAACAAUAUAUAUUUGUUUUUCGAGUUUAAGAACGAUUUAAUAAAUAAUAAAAAAAAAAUCGAAUCCACUAGACGCGGAGUAAACCGAUGCAAAAGUUCUACCGAAAGACUGGACAUCAGAAUAAUCAAGAUGAGUACAUACUUAUAUGUAUUUUAUGCAAUCACGACCCGAUAACGUUAUGUCUUAAGAGAACGAGGCUGUCUUGCAUCUCAUAUUUAUGAAUGAAUUAUUGAUACAACUAUAUAUUGUAUACCGUUCUCUACUGUACUGUUGUCAUAGAUAUUUUGUUGUAUAAAAGAAUGCGAGAUAUGUACAAGCAUACAAAUGAAUAUAUUAUAUGUUUAAAAUAA